GGGGCGGAGGAGGCGCAAAGGGCGCGCUCUACCGUCACGUGACCGGGACGCGCCGUUCUUCCGUCGGCCAUUUUAGGUGGUCCGCGGCGGCGCCAUUAAAGCGAGGAGGAGGCAAGAGUGGCCGCCACUGCUUCUUAUUCUUUUUUAGUGCAGCCGGAGAGAGUGGGAGUGUGCGCCGCGCGAGAGUGGGAGGCGAGGGGGGCAAGCCAGGGAGAGGCGCAGGAGCCUUUGCAGCCACGCGCGCGCCUUCUCUCUUGUGUGCUUCGCGAGGUAGAGCGGGCGCGCGGCAGCGGCGGGGAUUACUUUGCUGCUAGUUUCGGUUCGCGGCAGCGGCGGGUGUAGUCUCGGCGGCGGCGGAGGCAGUAGCACUAUGUCGGAGGAGCAGUUCGGCGGGGACGGGGCGGCGGCAGCGGCAACGGCGGCGGUAGGCGGCUCAGCUAGCGAGCAGGAGGGAGCCAUGGUGGCGGCGGCGCAGGCAGCGGCGGCGGCGGGAACCGGAGCCGGGACCGGGGGCGGUACCGCCGCCGGAGGCACCGAAGGGAGCAGCGCCGAGUCGGAGGGGGCGAAGAUCGAUGCCAGUAAGAACGAGGAGGAUGAAGGCCAUUCAAACUCCUCCCCACGACACUCUGAAGCAGCGACGGCACAGCGGGAAGAAUGGAAAAUGUUUAUAGGAGGCCUUAGCUGGGACACUACAAAGAAAGAUCUGAAGGACUACUUUUCCAAAUUUGGUGAAGUUGUAGACUGCACUCUGAAGUUAGAUCCUAUCACAGGGCGAUCAAGGGGUUUUGGCUUUGUGCUAUUUAAAGAAUCGGAGAGUGUAGAUAAGGUCAUGGAUCAGAAAGAACAUAAAUUGAAUGGGAAGGUGAUUGAUCCUAAAAGGGCCAAAGCCAUGAAAACGAAAGAGCCUGUUAAAAAAAUUUUUGUUGGUGGCCUUUCUCCAGAUACACCUGAAGAGAAAAUAAGGGAGUACUUUGGUGGUUUUGGUGAGGUGGAAUCCAUAGAGCUCCCCAUGGACAACAAGACCAAUAAGAGGCGUGGAUUUUGCUUUAUUACCUUUAAGGAAGAAGAACCAGUGAAGAAGAUAAUGGAAAAGAAAUACCACAAUGUUGGGCUUAGUAAAUGUGAAAUAAAAGUAGCCAUGUCGAAGGAACAGUAUCAGCAACAGCAGCAGUGGGGAUCUAGAGGAGGAUUUGCAGGAAGAGCUCGUGGGAGAGGUGGUGGCCCCAGUCAAAACUGGAACCAGGGAUAUAGUAACUAUUGGAAUCAAGGCUAUGGCAACUAUGGAUAUAACAGCCAAGGUUACGGUGGUUAUGGAGGAUAUGACUACACUGGUUACAACAACUACUAUGGAUAUGGUGAUUAUAGCAACCAGCAGAGUGGUUAUGGAAAAGUAUCCAGGCGAGGUGGUCAUCAAAAUAGCUACAAACCAUACUAAAUUAUUCCAUUUGCAACUUAUCCCCAACAGGUGGUGAAGCAGUAUUUUCCAAUUUGAAGAUUCAUUUGAAGGUGGCUCCUGCCACCUGCUAAUAGCAGUUCAAACUAAAUUUUUUGUAUCAAGUCCCCGAAUGGAAGUAUGACGUUGGGUCCCUCUGAAGUUUAAUUCUGAGUUUUCAUUAAAAGAAAUUUGCUUUCAUUGUUUUAUUUCUUAAUUGCUAUGCUUCAGAAUCAAUUUGUGUUUUAUGCCCUUCCCCCCCAGUAUUGUAGAGCAAGUCUUGUGUUAAAAGCCCAGUGUGACAGUGUCAUGAUGUAGUAGUGUCUUACUGGUUUUUUAAUAAAUCCUUUUGUAUAAAAAUGUAUUGGCUCUUUUAUCAUCAGAAUAGGAAAAAUUGAGGAAUAUAAAAAUUAUGUUUAUCAUGGAUUCAAGCAUAAAUUUGAAGAGUAAAUUUUGUCAAAAUCGAGGGCAUGGUUAAAAUUGUAGUGAAAUUUUAAAUGUUUUUAGCAAAAUCUAAUUUUUACCACAGUAUGUCCUCCCUGUCUAAAUUGGAAAUGACAUUGUAGUCAAUUUGUUGGUGUUUCAGUACUACCUUCUGUAGCUUAAGUUUUAUAUGAAUACUUUCCCAAAUGCCCACUCUUGCUUAAUAUGUAUUGUGCUUUUUAGAACAGAUGGAUAAAAGUGCAAGUAUCUUUUUGCACAGAUACUUAAUGUUUUAUGCUUCCAUUAAAUAAAGAAGGAAUUAAGGAAACCUGUUAAUUAUAAUAAAAAUGAAGCUAGCCAGAGUGUUUUAGAGCUGUGGUGGACCUAUACUUCAUAGAUACUCAAGUGUUGAGGGAGGAUUAAAGACAUGUAUACUGUUUAUGUGUCUGUGUUCAUUUGUUUGAGUUAUUUUGUUUCCCAUUUCUUAAGUCUUAGUUCUUUAGUUGGAGUUUUAUCCCAGUCUAAAUUUAAAGAUGUGCUUAGACGUUUUGAGUCCUUACAAACGUAUAACAGAGUCUAAUUGAUCACUUUAGGAUUGAGCCAGAAUAGUUCAUUUGCUUUAUUUGUAAAAUUGUAAAAUAGAUACUUUGAGGUGGAAGGUUCUUGUUUUAUUAAUAAUAGCUCAGGACAUUGAUACCCAUUAACUUGGGUGGAAAGUUCUUUGUAGUUAUCACUUAAGUCACUGUUAGUGUGCGUUCAACCCUGAGAUAAAAUUUAAGAAUCUAGUCAGCUAAUUCAAGUUAGACUGUUGAGAAGAGUUUACUAUCAAAGAGGUAACUUAAGAAAUGGUGUAAUAUUCUGAAUGACUAAAUACUUUUUUUUUUUGCAUUAGUGGAAAGAAUUUGAACUCCCUCCAACUAGGCAAAUAUUUUAAUGAGCAAACAUCAGUGUCAGUAAAAUAAGUUAAAUUACUAAGAUAAACACCUAAACUGGGGGCCUUUACCCUGCUUCUGUUAAAAGGACGUUGCAACACAGCUAUGCUUGUGUACACAUGAUUGGCUGCUUUUUGUGUUACGGUGACAAAGUUUUUUAGCUGUGACAAGCAUGGAAAGUAAAGUAUUUGGUCCUUUAUGGAAAAAAUUUCUGACUCCUGGUCUAGAUCAGUGAGAAGACUUGGAACAAAUUGUCAGGCUAGGAUUCUUCACUGAGCUUGCUUUUUUGUAAAUGUCUCACAUCAAAUACUUUAAAGGGAGUUAGAAUGGAUAGGAUUAAGAAUAGCUACUAAUCUUGAUUAUUAAGUAUUCAGAAGCCCCAUGUUUUGGUGGAUUUAAUUAGUAGAAAAACUUGGUGUACUUAAUUUGUUUCACCCCAGUAAUUUUUUAUUUAAAUUUUGGAAGUCACUCCACUCCUAAGUAUAAAAGUUAAAAGU